AGAAGAAGAAGAAAGACAAAAAGAAGGACUCAAGCUCCAGUUCAUCGGGUUCAUCUGAUAGCUGUGGUGACAGUGACAAGGAAAACAAAGAGGAUAAGAAAGACAAGAAGAAGAAGAGUUUGGGUUCUGGAAGUGAAACUGACAAGAAGAAGAAGAAGACUGAAAGCCCUGAUGGUGAGAAAAGCAGUGAGCCAAAAAUGGAGUUUUCAGGCGGUAGUGAACUUUCAGCAUCCAGUGGCAGCAGCUCCAAGCCUGGUGGCGCUUCCUUUGCAACACUUCCCUCUAAGCCCCUGGUGAAGCUGGAUCCUCUGAGUUCUUCAGCUGUUUCCAAGCCAGCCACGAAGCCGGAUCCCCUGAGUCCUUCAGCUGUUUCCAAGCCAGCCACGAAGCCGGAUCCUCUGAGUUCUUCGGCUGUCUCCAAGCCCGCCAUGAAGCUGGAUCCUGCUACGACUGUCUCCAAGCCCUCCGUCUCUAUCGCCACACUGAGUAUGGGAGACAGGGCGCCCAUUCGCAGACCUCCCAGCCCCAUGGAGGCCUUGUUAAACAACCCAAGGAGGUAUGGAGAUGGAAGCACCCGUCCUUCCCACCUCACCUCUAGUGAUCUACUGAGAGGCCCCAAGCCUUAUCAGUAA